UGAAUGAGUUCAAAUAACCAUUUCAUAAUUUCUCUGAAUUGUUCUCUCACUCAGUCUUUCGUUUUCUUUAUUAAUUUUCUUCAAAGCUUCUCAAGUACAUACCAAACAAAAACAAUUAAUUUAGACUAAUUAAAUUUCCAAUUAAACAUCACAUAUGAACCUAUCAAAAAUCACACUCCGUCCAUUCAAACUAACGGACGUGGAUGAUUUGAUGAUAUAUGCAGGUGAUGAUCAAGUGACUCGACACCUUCGACGAAAAACUUUGACCUCCAAAGAUGAAGCAUUGACUUUCUUAAAACAUGUUUGUAACCCUCAUUAUCACCAUUGGCACCGCUCUAUAUGCAUUGAUGACCGUUCGAUCGGCUACAUCUCAGCUUUACCGGGUAGUGGUGAGAGCAUGUUCAAGGCCGAGAUGAGCGCUGGCGCGGCCGCCGAGUAUUGGGGCCAAGGAGUGGUCACCAAGGCCAUGAAAAUAGCAGUUGAUCAACUAUUCAAGGACUUUCCUCACUUGGUAAGGCUCGAAGGUUUUGUUGAUGUGAAAAAUACGGCCUGUCAAAAGGUUAUGGACAAAGUUGGGUUUCGAAAAGAAGGUCUUCUUAGGAGUCAUUAUUUUCUUAAAGGAAGACUUGGAGAUUAUUUUAUUUAUAGUAUUUUAGCCACUGAUUUUCUUCCUGUCUCAAAGUUAUAACUAUAUGUAAUACUAUUAUUGUUAUAAAAUAAAGUGUAAUAAGUAUGCCACUACUUCUCAGUCUUUGUAAUAAUUUUAUUCCGUGUUGUGUAGGAUGCAAUAUAAGAGUCCCACAUUGGAAAAGUAUAGAAAUGGGUUGAAGAAUUGGAUGUAUAGAUAGAAAAAAUGGAAACUGAUUAACAUACUUACCUGGACGGGGUUAAUGGGUGAUCAAGAAGGCCCAUAGCCUGAGCUGGUGACCUCCAUUGCACUUAGGAGGGGUGCCUGCUUAUGGUCUCCCCAAGUGGGAGAGCCAACGUCAUAAUUUGUGUUAGCGGGGGCCUGCGUUCGCGCGGCCCCUCU